AUGGCUUCUGGUGCUAUUCUGUCCUCUGAGAGAGAGGCACCGAGGAAACGCCUGGCCACGUUCGAAACGACAUCUUCACUUGCCACAGGCCUUGAACUGGGUGAACUCGACCGAUCCGAGAUCUGGCGCUGGAACAAGGAUCUUCCUCCCACCACCCACACCUGCAUGCAAGACUUAAUAUCGGAUCAAGUGCGACGACAACCCACGGCGCAGGCCAUCUGCUCGUGGGAUGGCGAAUUGUCUUACGAGGAUAUCGAGAAGUAUUCAACGCUACUCGCAUAUCAUUUACUUGAGCUUGGAUUAAAAAUUGGUCAAAUCGUGCCUCUUUGUUUUGAGAAAUCUCGAUGGACAGUCGUCGCCGUCCUGGGUGUCAUGAAGGCCGGUGGAGCGUUCGUUCUCAUGGACCCAAGUCAACCCUUUGAAAGACGCCAGACAAUUGCAGAACAAGUAAAUGCAACCUUGAUCAUCACCUCCCAACCCCACGGUUCCUUGGGUAUAACAAUCGCGCCUGGUGCCCAGGCGGUCAUUGUUAGGCAAGACACGCUUCUUACACUCGCCAAACAAACCUCUUCAUCGCUUCGACCUGAGCUACCGGUGGUUCCCACAGAUUCAAGUCUUUAUCUUAUAUUCACUUCUGGGAGUACCGGGAAGCCCAAGGGAGUCAUCAUCGACCAUGCCACCUACACUACAAGCGCCAUCACCAGAAGUACGGCGGUAGGGUACACGGCCGAAUCGCGAGUCCUCGAUUUCGCAUCAUACGCCUUUGACGUCAGUGUGGAUAGUAUGCUCUGCACGCUUCUGCGAGGCGGGUGCCUAUGUAUCCCGUCCGACGAGGACCGCCUGAAUGACCUGAGCGGCGUAAUCCGUCGCAUGAAGAUCACCAUGUCCAACAUGACCCCAUCUGUGGCUCGCAUCCUUGAUCCUGACAUCGUUCCCUCGUUGCAUAGUCUCGGUCUGGGUGGAGAAUCAUGCUCCGUUGGUGACGUCUCCCAUUGGGGCCGGUUCACGCGAAUCGUCGUGGGGUAUGGCCCGUCGGAAUGUACCGUGGGAUGUACCAUCAACUCAAGUGCAGCAGGCAAGCCGUAUGUCAGUAUUGGUCCUGGCGUGGGAGCGGUAAUAUGGUUAGUUGACCCCGAAAACCACAACCGAUUGAUGCCAGUGGGAGCAAUCGGGGAGUUGCUGGUGGAGGGCCCGAUCGUGGGACAAGGGUAUCUGGGGGAUCCCGAGAAGACCGCAGCGGCAUUCAUUGAAGACCCGCCAUGGCUUCUCGCAGGUGGUGGUGAUGUACCUGGGCGUAGAGGUCGUUUAUACAAGACGGGGGAUUUGGUCCGCUACGACCCAGAUGGAGAACGCGGGUUCGUCUUUGUUGGACGCAAGGACACGCAGGUCAAGUUGCGUGGUCAGCGCGUUGAACUGGGCGAGAUCGAGCAUCAUCUGCGAAGACUGCUCCCUGGAACAGACGUGAUGGCCGAGGUCAUUGCGCCCCAGGGCCGGAGCAAAGAGUCUAUGCUGCUGGCCUUUGUUGCUGAUCCAAAUGCUGAGAAAAAACCCGAUUCCCAUAAUGACGAACCCCAACAAGCAGAACUCUCGAUCGGAACUCGAGAAAAAAUAGCAAAUGUCAACGAAGAGCUGUCCAAGGUACUGCCGGUGUACAUGGUCCCAUCGAUGUACGUUGGGAUAAACCGCAUGCCCAUGCUGGUUUCUGGGAAGACCGACCGAAAGUCGUUGCGAACAUUUGGGUCACAGCUGUCUCUGCAAACAAGCUCGGAGGGUGGAUUGACAUCCCAGAGCCAGGAGCCCGUCUCGGAUGCAGAGAUCUGCUUGCAGAGUAUAUGGUGUCGCCUGCUCGGGCUUCGCGCGGAGGAGGUCAGCACCGCCCAAAACUUCUUCAUUCUUGGUGGGGACUCUGUUAUGGCGAUGAAGCUUGUAUCAGCAGUGCGUGUGCAAGGCUUUUUGCUGACUGUGACGGAUAUUUUCAACUUUCCUGUGCCAGCUUUCUCUUUGAUUGACCCAACAUGGACCCGUGACUCUGCUUGCACGGAGACUGCAGAGAAAUGUGGGAUUGACAAAGCCACUAUCGAAGACAUCUACCCCUGCACUCCUUUACAGGAGAUUUUGAUGGCCUUUUCAGCCCGUUCAGCCAAGAGCUAUGUUGCUCAGCGCAUUGCGGAGAUUCCCAGUAUGGAUGUAGCCGGAAGGCUUCAAGUCGCAUGGAACACUGUGUUUAUGGAAAGUCCAAUUCUGCGAACUCGCGUCGUCGAGUUCAAAGACCAUGGCUUCCUGCAGGUUGUCGUUAACGAAUCUCCGAGAUGGGAGUCAAGGAACACCAGUUUGAGCAGUUUCUUGGAAGAAGAUCAGAAAGCCUCCAUGUCAGUCAACAUGCCAUUGAGCCGGUACGCGCUCGUCCAUGACCAAUCGCAUGACAAAAUCUACUUUGUGUGGACUGUCCACCAUGCAAUCUACGACGGCUGGUCCACGGAUCUCAUUGUUGAACACGCGGUGAAUGCGUACAAAGGUCUACCACUCUCUCGACCAGCUGAGUUCAAGCAUUUCAUUCGCUACCUGAUCGACUCUGCGAGAGAAUUCUCAAAGGAUUACUGGCGUGUACAACUUCAAGAUGCAACAGGACCCCAGUUUCCCUCUCUACCGUCACGGAUGUACAUUCCCGAAUCAAAUGCACUAGCCGAGCGAUUUGUUUUUGUUGAACGGUCUACAAGAUCUGGCAUCACCACCGCAACCCUCAUUCGAGCGGCUUGGGCUCUAGUCGCUUCGCAGUAUACAAUGAGCGACGAUGUGGUGUUUGGGGAGACAUUCGCAGGACGCACACUCCGGAUUCCCGGCGUCGAGCAGAUCGAAGGUCCCAUGAUUGCCACUGUCCCGGUCAGAGUGAGAAUCGAUCAUUCCGCGCCUGUGCAGGAGUUCCUGCAGGCGAUCCAAGAACAGGGUCUUGUAAGAGCUGCACACGAGCACCUCGGCAUGCAGAAUAUUCGUCGGCCGCGUCGGCCAAAAACAUCAGAGCCAUCCGACGAUGAACUUCCCUCUUUCCGUGCUGAAGACGCAGCUCACGAGGCCCUUCGAUUCAACUCGUACCCGUUAAUGUUGGCAUGCUCUUUGCAUGAUCAAGGGUUCCAAGUAACCGCGAGCUUCGACUCUGUUCUCAUCAGCGAGCCACAGAUGAACCGAGUUCUGGCUCAGUUGGAGUGCGCUGUGUCGCAGCUCUGCAGCGAGGACAUUGCUCAAAUUAGCAGUAUUACCUGUCUGAGUGACCAAGAGUGCGCAGGAAUAUGGCAGUCCAACACAUCCGCAGUUUCUUCUGCUCCCGAUACUUCACUUCUUUCAGAAGAGGAUAAUAGCCGCAUGAUUGGGGACAAAUACCUAACAAACUCCGUUUCAUGGAUUGUGCAUCCUGCGAAUACCAAUCUUCUCAUGCCAAUUGGCACAGUGGGCGAGCUUCUGCUCGAAGGAGUCGGAGAAGCCGCGAACAUCGAGACUCCGGAGUGGCUCAAGCAGGGAUUCGGCGACAUUCCCGGCCGUCACCACAGGCUCUACCAGACUGGAGAUCUAGUCAAAUAUGACGAAGACGGGUCUUUGAUCUUUAUGGGGCGAAAAAGGAGCUUGAAAAAGGUUGACGGCCAUGUGAUGGAUCUUGCUGCCAUUGAUAUCCAGCUUCGCUCUUUUCUUCCCUCGACAACCGACGUCGUCAGUCAGCUCAUUACCCCGAAGAGCGACAGCAGUCAAUCCCCUGUACUGGUUGCAUUCGUCAGUGAACCUCCACCAAAGGACAGUCAAGUAGUCAACCUCGGGCUCGAGACACAGAACGCGGCGCUCCCCUUGACGGAUGUGCUCUCAACGGAGCUUGCUGACUCUAUUUCUGGUCUCAGCAAGGACCUUGCUGAUAUUCUGCCACCAUAUAUGAUUCCGUCUACUUAUAUCCCACUCCAACAGGUUCCUUCCCUCGGGGACCAGGUCGAUGUCGAGUCUCUCAAAAUCUACACUGCUUUCUCGUUGCUGGGCAUCGCCGAUGUGGAGGUCUUCCUGUCCCACAAGGUGCAGCCGGCUCUGGCAGAUGCAAAUUGGAGCAUUCAAGAUGUUUUACCUGUGACGGACCCUCAGGCGCGAGAUGUGGAGGCGACGGUUUCUGCACCGCGAAGUGCUUUGCAGUACAACAUGCUGUACCUGGACAAGACCGUUGACAUAGCACGGCUAUUGUCAGGCCGCAUUCUGCAAGUGGUAUUGGAGAGUCUCAAGGUGCCAGUAUCAGAGCACAGUAUUGAUGAACCUGUGGAUGAAUACUGUACCAAACUUGCCAGAGAAGAUGUGGAACAGGAUGCUUGCUUUGUCUUUGGAAAAAGCUUCCUGCAUAUCUUCGUCGUUCAUGGCAUUGACGAGACGGGAUUUAUGAUCCGGAUAUCGCACGCCCAGUACGAUGGAAUUUCAUUCCCUGAAAUUCUUCGGCAGCUCGAUGAGCAAUAUCAAAACAAACCAUUAUCCCCGUCUCCUCCCUUUUCAACCUUUGUCCAACACCAAGCCGACUCUCGCAUCGAAAAGAUUAACUACUGGCGCAACAUGCUCCAAGUGUCUCGACUAACAGUCCUCCCACCAUCUCAACCCGAAAGCAAGCCCACAUUCUUGAAAAGAACCAUCGACGUGUCUGCGCGCGCACCCGAUAUAACAAUGGCCACUCUCCUCACGGCCAGCUGGGCUCGGGUGUUAGCCCAGCACCUCGGCAUUGGGGAUAUUACCUUCGGGGGUGUUGUAUCCGGCCGCACCGUCGACGUCCCCGAUAUUGACCGCGUAAUGGGACCAUGUUACCAGGUUAUGCCGCUCCGAGCGAAGUUCCAAGCUGGGAUGACGGCACGCGAGUUGUUGCACGAGAUGCGCGAUCAGUACUUGAAGGGCAGUCACCAUGCUACGCUCGGCUUUCAAGAGAUCUCAGAUCACUGCACAGGCUGGUCUCCGAACAUCCCAUUCUUCUCGUCUAUCGUCCACCACCAUGAUAUCGAAUACUUCGAUAAGAUGCCUUUCGCGGGCUCUGAAUGUCGUGUUGACUAUAUGAACCCGCACCCCGAGCCACCGAAUCCGAUUCGCGUGGUGUCAUACUCUGAGGCUGGUGCAAUGUAUGUUGGCAUUGCGGCAGAUAAAGAGCGGAGGGGGUUUUGGCAAGCGAGGUUGGAGGAACUGGCUUCUGCCAUGGAGGCAUUUGUACAGGAUCCGGCGGCUAUUCUUGCAUGA